AUGCCGCCGAGGCUGGUGCGGGAGCUGGGCGAGAUGGAGGAGCUCGUGGAGGAGAUCCUCACCCGCCUCCCGCCGGACGAGCCAGGUAAUCUUCUCCGCGCCUCCCUCGCCUGCAAGCCAUGGCGCGGCCUCGUCGCCAGCCACGGCUUCCGUCGCCGCUACGCCGACUUCCACCGAACACCUCCCAUGCUCGGCUUCCUCCACAACUGGCCGAAAACCCGCGCUGAGUUCUUCCCCACCACGGAUUUCCUCGCGCGCGGCCCCGACGACAAGCACCAAUAUUCCGUGAAAGAUUGUCGCCACGGCCGCGUCCUCCUUUCGUACAAGGAUAACAAUCAGCCGAUCUUCGUCGUCUGGGACCCCAUGACGGGCGGCCAAACGGUGCUGUGCCGCCCCGAGAUGUCGGGAGCGAGCAGAUGGCAAGCCUCGGUGCUCUGUGCCGCGGACAGCUGCAGCCACGGUGACUGUCCCUUCGUCGUGGUUUUUGUCACCCUUGACGAACAAGAGGGGGUCGCCAUGGCGUCCGCGUACUCGUCGGAGACGAGUACUUGGUGCUCUCCGGCCUUAACUGCCAUUGCUCCUUUUGAGGAAGAAAUCGACUUCUGUAACUCGCCUAGUGUUCUGGUUGGAGACGCGCUCUAUUUCCUCGUUUUCCGGGAGCAGGAGGACGAGGUUACUGAAGAUAGUAUUCUCAAGUACGAUCUGGGCAAGUCUUGCCUGUCGGAGAUUCUUCUGCCGGAAGAAGAGGUCGAGCGUGCCAGCAACAAUCCUAUCCUCAUGGUGGGGGAAGACAGCAGGCUGGGGAUCGCACACCUCUUCUUUUACUGCCUCUCCGUCUGGUGGAGGGAGGUGGAUCCCGAUGGAGUAGCGUCGUGGACGCAACGGAUAGACAUCGACCUCAAGACUGAUCUUUUUCCCCUUGGCAAUUUUUCGAUACCACCAGAGUUGGGUGGCUCUGUCGAGGGCACUGGCAUCAUUUUUGUAAUCUCAAAAGUUGGCACCUACAUGAUUGAUCUCAAGUCGCAAACCUCGAAGAAGCUCUCGAGCAAGCUGUAUCAACAUCCAAAUGUUAGAUGGUCCCUCUUUCCCUAUGUUAGCUUCUACUAUCCACCAGCGGUGGCUGGUGUUGUGGCUGAAUCAUCAAAUGAAGCUGGACACGGCAAUGAGAAAGCAUAA